AUGACUUGGACGCGACUCCAACAUCGCCUGUUCACCACCUCCGUCUGGCUUCGACAUGAAAACCCUUUAGGAUUGCCGCGCAAGUCCGCAGGGCCGGGCGCGCCUCAGAUACCUCGACGCGGAGGUCCCAUCCAAAAACGGGCUAUACCCCAUGUACGAAAAGUGGUGGUGGUGGCUAGUGGCAAAGGAGGCGUUGGGAAAAGCACAUUGGCAGUAAAUCUCGCCAUGGCGCUUGCAUUACAUCGACCCUCGACGCAGCAGGCUCGACUGCGAGUCGGCAUCCUAGACCUCGAUAUCUUUGGACCGUCGGUACCCAAGCUCAUGGGACUCGAGCGCAGUGAAGAACCUCAUUUGACCGCUGGUGGGGCCCUGAUACCUAUGGUGAAUCAUGGUCUAGCAUGCAUGUCCAUGGGGUUCCUCCUGCCGAGGUCUCCGUCAGGAGACACGUCUGAGGAUACAGCUAUCGUCUGGCGUGGACUGAUGGUGCAAAAGGCCGUCCAACAGCUCCUUUUCGAUGUGGACUGGCGGGCGGACGCGGGAAACGAAGCGCAUACGCAUGGGCCCGGACUGGACGUCCUGGUGGUGGAUAUGCCUCCGGGGACCGGUGAUGUCCCAUUGACAUUGGGCCAGCUUGUGCAGGUGGACGGUUCGGUCAUUGUAUCCACCCCGCAGGACGUUGCUUUAUCCGACGUUCGCAAGGGGAUUGCAAUGUUCCGCAAGGUGUCCGUACCGGUAGCCGGAGUAGUACUUAACCAGUCACACUUCAUAUGUCCCUCUUGCUCGACUCAUCACCCACUUUUCGGCUCUCCCGAACAUUUCCGCCAAACCGUAUUAGGGCUCGGAAUUCCCGUUCUAGGCGAAUUCCCUCUUGUCCCAGGAGUGAGCACCAGCGGUGACGCAGGGAUACCCUUCGAACUCGCGCAUUCUGCGAGCAAUGAACCCGGUGCAAAGGAGUGGAAGGGGAUCAUGGCUAACGUCGCCGGAGACGUUCUGCGGUGGAUAGGCUUGUGA